AUGACCAAUUCCUACAGAUCCAAUGACCUUAACUUUUGGUUGGACCUCAAUUCACCAUGUCUUCUCUCUUCUCCUUCUUCAUCUACUCCUCCCAUCAAUCCACCAUUCUAUUUUCCUUCCAAUUAUCAUUCCUACACAAGUGCCAUAUCUUCCACUCAGUUCCAAGCCUCUCCUUCUCAAACAAAAGCCCUCCACUUCCUUCAUCUAAGACAUGCAGUAGAAGAAGAAGGACAAGAAGAAGAAGAAGAAGAAGAAGAUCUUGAAUCUUCAUUCAGUGCCAUGGAAGUGGACAAGAAAAAGAAAGAGCUAAGUGCAUCAUCAUCAUCCAGGUGCUUGGAUGAAGAGGAUGCUGUGACUGUGGCUUUACACUUAGGGCUUUCAAGCACUAGUGCAUCUGCUGAUUUAGCCUCAAGCCUAUACUCAGCAGAGGUUUCUGACAAAGAAGAAAAAACCAUUGAUGCUUCGGGGCUUCUGUCAAAUAGAAUUAACCGAGGACAAUAUUGGAUCCCUACUUCUGCUCAGAUUCUGAUUGGCCCAACACAGUUCGCAUGCCCUCUUUGUUUCAAGACGUUCAACAGAUACAACAACAUGCAGAUGCAUAUGUGGGGGCAUGGAUCUCAAUACAGAAAGGGACCAGAGUCUCUAAGGGGAACACAGCCAACAGCUAUGCUAAGACUCCCUUGCUAUUGCUGUGCUCCCGGAUGCAAGAACAACAUCGACCAUCCGAGAGCAAAACCACUCAAAGACUUCAGAACCCUCCAAACACAUUACAAGAGAAAGCAUGGGACAAAGCCUUUCGUGUGCAGAAAAUGUUGCAAAACAUUUGCUGUGAGGGGUGAUUGGAGAACUCAUGAGAAGAACUGUGGAAAACGCUGGUAUUGUUCUUGUGGGUCUGAUUUUAAGCACAAAAGAUCUCUUAAAGAUCAUAUCAAGGCAUUUGGAUAUGGACACACGGCUUAUAAAAAUGACUGCAUGAACCUUGAUCAGGACGAUGAUCAACCAGGCUCUGAGUUUGAACAAGAAAAUUAA